GAUAACCGAUGCCUAUGUUUUUAUUUGGCCAUCCCUGCGCGCAUUAUUUACUUUGCUAAAUAGACAAAAACUUCAAUAUUUAAAGCCUAAACACACAGCCAGCAGCGAUGGACCGGCCACAGAAGAUGCCCAAGGUGGCCAAGGUGAAAAACAAGGCGCCUGCGGAGGUGCAGAUUACGGCGGAACAGCUGCUCCGUGAAGCCAAGGAGCGCGACUUGGAGAUCCUGCCGCCGCCACCCAAGCAAAAGAUCUCCGAUCCCGCCGAGCUAGCAGACUACCAACAGCGAAAGCGUAAGACCUUCGAGGACAAUCUCCGCAAGAAUCGCAUGGUGGUCAGCCACUGGAUCAAAUAUGCCCAAUGGGAAGAGCAACAGCAGGAAAUUCAGCGGGCACGUUCUAUUUGGGAGCGUGCUCUGGACAACGAGCACCGCAAUGUGACGCUCUGGCUGAAGUACGCCGAGAUGGAAAUGAAGAACAAACAGGUCAAUCAUGCCCGCAAUCUGUGGGACCGGGCUGUGACCAUUAUGCCGAGGGUGAAUCAGUUCUGGUACAAGUACACCUACAUGGAGGAGAUGCUGGAGAACGUGGCCGGAGCACGGCAGGUGUUCGAGCGCUGGAUGGAGUGGCAGCCGGAGGAGCAAGCCUGGCAGACAUACGUCAACUUCGAGCUGCGCUACAAGGAGAUCGAUCGGGCCCGCGAGGUCUACGAGCGGUUCGUCUACGUGCAUCCGGAUGUCAAGAACUGGAUCAAGUUCGCCAGCUUCGAGGAGACGCACGGCUUCAUUCACGGCGCUCGUCGUGUCUACGAGCGGGCCAUAGAGUUCUUUGGGGACGAGUACAUCGAGGAGCGUCUGUUCAUCGCCUUUGCCCGCUUCGAGGAGGGCCAGAAGGAGCACGACCGGGCGCGCGUCAUCUACAAGUAUGCCCUGGAUCACUUGCCCAAGGAGCGGACACAGGACUUGUUCAAGGCCUAUACCGUACACGAGAAGAAGUACGGUGAUCGUGCCGGCAUCGAGGAUGUUAUUGUGUCCAAGAGGAGGUACCAGUACGAACAGGAGGUGACCGCCGAUCCCACCAACUACGACGCCUGGUUCGACUAUCUGCGCCUAAUCGAAGGCGAGGGCGACGUCGAUCAGAUCCGGGAGACGUACGAGCGGGCCAUAUCCAACGUCCCGCCGGCCAACGAGAAGAACUUCUGGCGCCGCUACAUCUACCUGUGGAUCAACUACGCCCUGUACGAGGAACUGGAGGCGGAGGAUCCGGAACGGACGCGUCAGAUAUAUAAGACCUGCCUGGAGCUGAUACCGCACAAACAGUUCACUUUCAGCAAGGUGUGGCUGCUCUACGCCCAGUUCGAGAUCCGCUGCAAGGAGCUGCAGCGCGCCAGGAAGGUACUGGGCAUGGCCAUCGGCAUGUGUCCGCGGGACAAGCUCUUCCGCGGCUACAUCGAACUGGAGAUCCAGUUGCGUGAGUUCGAGCGCUGUCGGCUGCUCUACGAGAAGUUCCUGGAGUUCGGGCCGGAGAACUGCAUCACGUGGAUGAAGUUCGCCGAGCUGGAGAACCUGCUGGGCGACACGGAGCGGGCACGGGCCAUUUACGAGCUGGCGAUGCAGCAGCCGCGCCUGGACAUGCCGGAGCUGCUGUGGAAGGCGUUCAUUGACUUUGAGGUGGCUCUGGGAGAAACGGAACUGGCUCGCCAGCUGUACGAACGCCUCCUGGAGCGCACCCAGCACGUGAAGGUGUGGAUAUCGUAUGCCAAGUUCGAGAUGGGACUGAAACAUGGCGACGGCAGUGGUCAGGAUGCGGAUUUGAAUAACAGGCUGGCCAGGCGUAUCUACGAGCGAGCCAAUGAAUAUCUACGCCAGAUGGACGAUAAGGAGUCGCGAGUCAUGCUCCUGGAUGCGUGGCGGGACUUUGAACGGAACUGCGGCGACAACCGGUCGCUGCAGAAGGUCCUCGACAAGAUGCCGCGUCGCAUCAAGAAGCGGCAGAAGAUCAUUUCCGAUGAGGGCGUCCACGAGGGCUGGGAGGAGGUCUUCGACUACAUAUUCCCCGAGGACGAAAUGGCCCGACCCAAUCUCAAGCUGCUGGCCGCCGCCAAGAUGUGGAAAAAGCAGACUGUUACCGACGACCAGGAACCGGAACCCGCCACAGCAGACAGCUGAGGAGAUUCCCAUUUUAUUUUAUAAUUGUGUAUGAAGGAGCCGCCAGGAUAUAUAACUUUGUAAUAAAAAUAAUGACUACUGUAACCAGA